UAUACUGACUUUUGAAAUUUUGCCACAGUGUAAAAUUAACAUUCAGUAUUGUUGGCAAAGUUUCAAGUAUUCUUAAAAUGAAUAAAAAAAUUAUUUCCAUCUGUUUUUUUAAUUUUUUAUAUGUAUUUUUUGUUUUUGCUGGUGAAAUUCCAGAAGAAUUUCAAUCAUUUUCAAAAGAUCUUCGUGCAUAUUGCAUAGAAAAAAGUGGUGUUAAUGGAGAAUUGAUUGAAUUAGCUGUUAAAGGUCUUUUUGUGAAAGACAGAAAACUUGGAUGUUAUUCAUAUUGUGUUGCUCAACAAUUAGGAUUAGUAACCGAUGAAAAAAUGGAUUUCAAAAAAUUUUUAAUAAUGACUCCACCACGUUUGAAAGAAAAAUCAAAAGUUCUUGUUAGUUCCUGCAAAGAUACAAAGGGAACUGAUAGCUGUGAUCUUGCAUACAAUAUAAAUUAUUGUUUUUAUAAAACUUAUCCAGUAGAAUUUUUCAUCAUAUAAAUAAUUUUAAAAUAUUAAAAUUUUUUUAUAUUCAAAUUAAAACAAUAAGUAAUUUUCAAAUUUUAAAAAAUUAAUUAUUAAUAAAACAAACGAAAUAUAAAAAUACUGUCAUAUAGAUAUUUUAUUAAUAUGUACAAUAAUUUUGUAUGAAAUACAUAAUUCAAAAAAAAAAAAAGAAAUACAAUUACAAAAAAAAAAUAAACGAUAUUAAUAUUUUCUUAAUUAUCAAAUAAA